AUCUGAUCUACCUCAUCAUCUUCUCCCCAAACCCAAACCUCCACCUAAUCCACGAUGGGCUCCAACUCUAUCCGAUCCUACUCCCAUUCCUGCUUCCCUCUCGGAUUGCGGCAUUCGAAGGCGCCCGCCGCCAUGACUGUCACCGCGCUUCACCCUUUCGCCGCUGCCCCUGCCGUGUUCUGCCCUGGAAGACGCCCGGCUUCCUCCCUUGGGAGGCGGGCCUUAGUCGUGAGGGCAGCCGUGGUGGUGGAGCAGGAGGCGAAGGCUCAGGUCGCCCUUCUGAGGAUUGGCACCCGCGGAAGUCCACUGGCACUUGCCCAGGCGUACGAGACACGGGAUAAACUGAUGUCAACACACUCAGAGCUUGCUGAGGAUGGAGCUAUUGACAUAGUAAUUAUUAAGACGACCGGCGACAAAAUACUCAAUCAACCUCUGGCCGACAUUGGUGGCAAGGGUCUAUUUACUAAAGAGAUAGACGAGGCACUAUUGGAAGGUAGAAUUGACAUCGCAGUUCAUUCAAUGAAGGAUGUUCCUACUUAUCUUCCACAAGGCACGAUCUUGCCCUGCAACCUUCCCCGAGAAGACGUAAGGGAUGCAUUCAUUUCCUUAUCUUCAAGUUCUCUCUCGGAGUUACCUGCUGGGAGUGUUGUUGGAACAGCUUCCCUCCGGCGACAGUCUCAAAUCUUAUACAGAUAUCCAUCACUUAAGGUAGUUAACUUCAGAGGGAACGUCCAGACCCGAUUGAAAAAACUCAAUGAUGGUGAAGUUCAAGCAACGUUGUUAGCAUUGGCAGGGCUGAAACGAUUGAAUAUGACUGACAAGGUCACUGCAAUACUCUCUAUCGAAGAUAUGCUUCCGGCAAUUGCCCAAGGUGCUAUUGGAAUUGGUUGUAGAAGCAAUGAUGAUAAAAUGGCUAAUUACAUAGCUUCACUGAACCACGAUGAUACUCGGUUAGCUGUUGCUUGUGAAAGGGCAUUUCUUGAGACACUUGAUGGGUCUUGCCGUACGCCCAUUGCUGGCUAUGCUCAUCGCAAUGCUGACGGAUAUUGUGUUCUACAGUGUUUGGUUGCUUCGCCUGAUGGGAAAAGGGUGCUAGAGACAUCGAGAAGAGGACUAUAUGCUCUCGACGACAUGGUGGCAAUGGGACAAGAUGCCGGGAAAGAGUUACUUUCGAAAGCUGGCCCUGGUUUCUUCGAUUGGUAAUCUUGCAAACUCAGAAGAGCAGUUUAGAUACGAAAUCAUGCUUUUGAUUCGAGUUAGUUUGUAUCGUGUAUUCUCGACUUUUGUAUCAUCUAUGUGACAUCACAUUGAUAUUCUACUUUGCUUAGGGAGAAACUAUGGCCAUUUUCUAUUAGUCAUUGUAUCGAUGAGUGAGAUUAUUUCGACAAUAAAAUAAAAGUAUUGUUGUUUGGGAGCA